AAGUAGACUGAAGCGACGUGGCCGGUGACGCAUCGCUGACACGUUGCAGGUGCGACCGAACGCCGUCCCCCGCCUCACCGAAACGGAUCCGGCCCCAUCCGCCCUCCCAGGCCCGGUGACGAGGACCGCCGCCGUCGUCCGCCUCCUCGCCAGCGUGGCGACGAUGAGCUGGACAUUUUCGCGAGCCCUCCGCGCGACCGUGACCGCCAGCAGAUGAGGCGUCCUCGCCGCAACUCCGAGUCUUCCGUCAUGGACACCAAGGCGAUUGAGGACGAGCGCAGGCGCAGAGAGAGGAGGCGCCGGGAGAGAGAGGGCAAAGACAAGGAUCCUCGCAGUGGAAAAUCCUCCAAGCCCGUCAAGAAGCCCCAGGGCCUUGACAUCAUCGACAAGCUCGACGUUUCGGGCAUCUACGGCCCCAGCUUGUUCCACCAUGACGGCCCGUUUGAUGCUUGCAAUCCGCACCGCAACCGCAAGAAGGAUCACCGCGCUCCCAUGGAGGCUUUCCCCGUAGAUUCCGCCAACAACGCCAUGGGCGGUGCCGGCCCCGUGAACAAGCACAUCAACCUCGACCAGUUCCACGGUCGUGAAGCUGAGGGUUUCGCCGAGUGGUCUACGACGAACAGAACUGCUCCUCCUCCCGAGAAUGAAGACAUUGGCACCCUCAACAUCAGCGGUGGUCAGGCCAACACGUGGUACAACCCCAAGGCCGCCAUUGAUUAUGUCCACGGUGACGAGUCGGCUGGUCUGGGCACGAGCACUUUCCUGGACGGCGCGCCUGCGAGCAGAAGGGAUAUUGAGCGCCGCGAGUCCGAGGCUGAGGCCCAGCUGAGGGCGGGCGAAGGCCUCGGCCGCAAGAAGUCUCUCGCUCAGCGCUUCCGUGGCAAGUCCCAGCCUCGCCGCGAAUUCGGCAGCCAGGGCCGCAUCCAGUCUCCCGAGGCCAUGUACGAGUGGCAGCGUGUCAACCAGACCCCGCAGGACGAGCUGCCUCCUCGUCCCGGUCAGACUCAGAGCGCGGGCGGCCUCGGCAAGAUGCAGGAGAGGAACCCGUUCUUCCAGGACUAUGACGAUCCCUACGAGAGGAAGGGCGCGAGCAUGAGGGUCGCCGAGCAGGGCCGUACGCGCACGCCGAGCUCGCCCGGCAACGGCCUCGAGAGGUCGACCACGGCCGACAGCUUCGGCAUGCCGCCUCGCGGCCCGCCGCCGGAGCCCAACCGCGACACCAAGCCCAUCGGCCUGCUCGGCCGCAUGAAGAGUUUGAAGGGCGGAAAGCGUGCUCCUCCCCGUCCCGAGAGACGUCUUUCGUAAGCACCUGACUAGUCAACGCGUUGGAUAGCGUAUGCAGAAAAGAUGUUACUAGUCGGUUAAUAGGGAAUCUCCAUCCCGUUCUCGGGUUCUCGGCCUCCUGCGCCGCUAUUCUCCUGG